GAAAAUCUCCCCAAUUUGCGGGAGCGCCAAAAACCGUGCCGACUUUAUAACGAACAAUAUGCAAGAAGCACAAUCUACCGGAAGUGCAUGGCCAGCACCGCCAAAUUAUUACAAACGCUAUACACUUGAAAAUGUUCAACUCUUACGCGAAGCACAGAAAAAAGGAGAGUUUCCUGAUGCACCAAUCCAACAACCACCAUUACCCGAGUUCUAUCUACAAGCCAUGGAGCCACCACCGGUACCUACCGAUUCCUACACAGUAUUCGAUCAAAAGUGGCAGGUACAAGAUCGUCUACCAACAUUAAGUGAACUGGGCGUCAAGCAGUUAUUCCCGGCAGGUCCUAUUGAUAGAAUUCAAGAACUGAAAAAACUUAAUCGAGCAUUGAUCGUACAAUUCUUGGACUUGCUUGAUGUGCUGGUUAAAAACCCUGAAGAGUUUGGAUCACGUAUAGAGAACAUCAGCACUAUAUUUAUUAAUAUGCAUCAUAUACUAAAUGAAUACCGACCACAUCAGGCUCGCGAAACACUUCGAUUGCUCAUGGAGAGUCAACUGGCAAAGAAGCGACAAAUGACAGCAGAUUUACGAGAAAAAAACGAAGCAAUGGUGCAGUCCUUAAAACAAUUCAGCCAAGAAACAUCCCAAACGUUGGCCUCGAUCGUCACCGACCCACAUACUGACCUUGAUAACCAGACACAUCAACAGGACACAUCAAGGAUAAACGAUGAGGAUGUAGAAAUGAAAAAUGUAACAGAUGAUCAUGACAUACCAGAAGCAGAUAGUAUUCGGGCUGCAAUAGAAGCCAUCGAUUAAAACAACAACAGUAAAAAAAUAAUGAUAAAAAGGGAUCAGCCGGAGUGGUGGUUCACAUUUCCA